AUGAAACUAUUUUUGUAAUUUUCAUUAUUGUGAUAAAAUAAAGUAGCAGAAUCAAAUUUUUUGUUAAUCUACUUUCUCCAGUUAUUUUUGAACUGAGAGAUGGGGCAGAUCCAGUAUUCUGAGAAAUACUUCGAUGACACCUACGAGUACAGGCAUGUUGUUCUUCCUCCUGAUGUAGCGAAAUUGUUACCGAAGAAUCGUCUUCUCUCUGAAAAUGAGUGGCGUGCAAUUGGAGUUCAGCAGAGCAGAGGAUGGGUGCACUAUGCUAUUCAUCGACCAGAGCCACACAUCAUGCUCUUCAGGAGGCCUUUGAACUAUCAGCAGCAACAAGAAAACCAGGCUCAGCAAGCUAUGCUUGCCAAGUGAAGAAACAUGUCUCUCGUUUCUUUCCUAAUGAAUCAAAUCAUAUACAGAUAGUAAUGUUCAUUUCAUCUAGAAAUGAUAUGAUAGCUUAUGUUGAUGUCUAGUUAAAUGUCUGAAUUUUGAAAAUGUCAAGUACUGUAAUGCUUAGCUCUUCAUUUUUAAGUUUAGGUAUUGAAAUAUUGUGUUCGAAUUGAUCAAGGUUUAUAUGUGUGCUUGGAAUUGGUGCAAUAUGAAUGUUAUUGUGUGGAUUAAGACCUGUUGAUUCUA